AUGGCCGAUGAGUUAAAUCCUGCUAUAAUAAAACGUACUCAAGAAACACUGGGAAAAUAUGUCAAGAAACCCAGUUUAACGGAAAAAUUAUUAAAAAAGCCUCCUUUUCGUUUUUUACAUGAUGUUUUCAGUGUUGUUAUUCGUGAUACUGGAUGUUUUGUUGGAUUAUAUACUCCGGAGGAACUUACCUAUGAAAAUAUCAAGGAUCGUGAUGAUAAAAUGAAAUUUUUACAGAAAAUGAUCGAUGUGGUUAAAUUGACUACAGGCUCCUCGUUGGCUGUACGAACAUCAAAAAUAGUAGCUGGCCACGAAGCGGACAAAACAAAUGAGCUACUUCAGUUAAUGGGGGAAAUAAUUGACAAGAAAUUAGAUUGGCAAACUGCACUCGAACAGGUACAAACAGGUAAAACUGCCAGUAAUGUAUCCCCCAGAAAGCCGAAGGAAAAGGUUUCAAAGGAUACUACAAUUAAAGAUAAACAUAAAGAUAAGUCAAAAGAAAAAGUCUCUAAAAUAAAAGAUCCGAAAUUAGCUAAAACAACGUCGAGCAAAACUGUUGCAUCAACUAAAAAGGAUGAAACCCCUAAAUUGAAUAAAACCAAAGAAAAACCCAUUACAAAAUCAAUGACUAAGGAGAGACCCUCUAAAGGAAACAAAGAACCAGAUAAACCUGUAAAAAAGUCAACAAAAGAAACAUCUAAUACAAAAACAAAAUUAACAAAAACUGAGUCACAAUCGAGUAAUAAAAGUUUUUCUUCGCACAUUGCACAAGAAUCUACAAAAGAACAAAAAUCCAUGGAAAAUGAAACUGACUGCAAACACGAAGAAAUGGCACAAAUACCACAAAUGGAAAAUGUAAAAGUAGGCACUCCCUCCCGAAAAUCCUCUAAUAGCAGCAUAAAUAAUGAAAUUACGCAUAUAAAUGAGGGUGUUAUUGGAAAUAAGCAGGAUUCACUGCAAUCCAGUAAUCAUGUAGAAGAAGAACGCAGAUCUGCAGGAAAAUCGAAUAAAUCUUCAGCUAAAACAAGAAAAUCUAGCGCACGCAAAGUGGUGGAAAGUUUUGGGGAAACUGUUCAGGAUAUAAAAACUGCAAACAGUUUAGAAUCAGAUAAAGGUGUUUCAACACCUGAGAAAUGCGAUUCAACAAAAGCUUCUGAUAUGAGUUCUCCGAAAGAGGAAUUGUUUGCAGCAAAAGUUAAUCAGCAGCAGGAGUUUACAAAACAAAUUGAGUCCGAAACUUUUAAAAAUAUUGAAAACAAAAUUUCUCCCCAAACACAAACUCAAAAACCCAUACAACCACAAUCAUCACCUCCGGUCAGUUUAACAAAUGAAAUGAAACGCGAAUCGACCUUUACGCGAGAAAACUCCAAAGAGUCUUCAUCUAACCAAAGUUCCUUAGUAAAUCGACCAAGAACAUCAUUAAGACCUCCUAGUGCCCGGCCGCCUUCUGCUCGUCCAGGAGCUCCAAGGCGACGUGAUAAGAAUAUUGAAAUUAUUUUGCAGCCCAAUGAUCAAAUAAAAAUGUCGGGCAUACAAGUAAAAUUGGAAACUUUCGGAGAUCUAGAUGAUGAUGGCGAUAAUUUGGUAAUUAUUGAGAAUCCGAAUACCAAAGAUAUUACUAUCGAUCAACAAACAAACUUGACUGAAAGCGAGAAAAUGAUGCAAGAUGAAACACUAGAACAGGGUCAUUUAGUUCAACAGAUUUUGGAGACACAAAAGGAACUAGUGCAAAAUGAUGAUAAGCAAAAAAAUGAUAAGGAUUCCACAAAUGGUUUAGUAAUGAGACAAACAUCUGCACGAAACAUGAAUAAUUUGCGUGAUGUUAUACAAAAUUUAACCAAAUCUGUUAAUCCAUUAGGUAAAUUAAUGGAUUUUAUACCAGAAGACGUAGAUGCCAUGCAAUUGGAAUUUACCAUGUGGAGGGAUGCUUAUACACAAGCAGCCAAUGAAUUGAAAAGAGAAAAAAGUCUUACAGAAUCGGCUACUGAACCCAUGAAAAAUCAAUUAGUGCAAAUAGAAGCCAAUAUAACGGAAUAUAUGGAAAUGAUUGAUGCAAGUCGGGUAAAAAUUUUGCAAAAUUCUGAAAAAAUUUUGAAAAUGUUAAUAAAUUCAUAAAUGAACUACAUACACAUACAUAUGUAUGUAUUUGUAGUAGCAACUAAAAUGAAAUCUAUUCAACAUAAGCUACAUCUAGUUUUGUAUAUCUGCACAUUGUUAAUUGUUAUUAUCAUUUGAUUAUCACUCCAAUUUGAACAUCUCUAAACAAAGAAGAAUGUUGUGUUGAGUGUUGUCACCAAAAAGAAAGCAAAUAAAUACUAUUAUUCGUUGAUUUCUUAAAUAAAUACCUAGUUUUUUUUU